UUCAAGUUUGACCUUAAACUAUUUCGAUAUUUAUUUGGAGUUCGUAUCAAGCUGUCUCAAAAUUCGUAGAAUAAAGAUGUCCAAAAAAUCGACACUCGAUGAACCCGACGAUCGCUUCACUGUCUUGCAUAAUAUAUCGGAAUUAGUGAACUCCGGUCUCAGCAAGGAAUCCCUUAAAAUCUGCAUCGAACUGAUGGAUAAUGGAGUCGGUGGUCGAGCACUAGCACAUAUAAUCAAAACCAUUAGAGAGGGGAUCCCAGAAAAUAAAGGCGAAGAAAGUGAGGAUUCAGAGUCAGCUGCACCAACACAAUGAAUUUUGUAGGAAAUGAUUUUGAAAUUUAUUUUUGAGUUUUUAUUGCGAUUGUUAAAUUAAAAGUUCAGCUUUCAAAUGGUCUGCUUCCGUA